AUUCCGUGGUUUUGUCAACAAAUCCAGGAAGAGAUCUGGAGACUGAAACGGUCACGCUUUAGUGGAUUACAGACUGGAUUAUAUUUCCAUGUGCCCAUUUUAUUGUAAUAAUAGUGCCCAAUGAAGCGCGAUUAACAGUCCCUUAAUGUCUUUCCUCAGCGUCGAUCAACAUGCAAGUUGAAUAAACAAUUCACGCAGAACCAUCAUUGGAGUAUAGAACCUUUUGACUGAAGGGAGCAUUGACUUGGUUCAGGAAAACAAGCUUUUUCGACAUUACCAUGGCGAUUCUUGCAUCAGAAACCUGGAAAUCCCACGUGGUCAGUCAAUCAAGCCAGAUGUGUGGAGAUCUGCUUUUCUCGAAAGUGACGUCAUCCUGGUUAGAAUGUGCCCUGCUUUGUCUUGUUCAAGUGUUUUGCUUCAUGUUUGAAUUCUCCAAGUUGACUAAAGUAUGUGACGUGUUCAUGGGAAUCGGCUCCACCAACACAAUACCAGCUGUACUCAGUGUACCACGUCUUGUCUAUAAAGGUUAUACAAAUUGUGAAAGGUCCGGAUACACAUUUGUCAACGACGGAAAUCUCUGCGUUAAUGAAAUAAAAGGAGAGUUCACUUGGAACGACGCAAAAGCGAAAUGCGAAACGGAUCAAGGGAGACUACUCGUGCUGACUACCAAUGCUCAGAUAAGAGGAGCGAGAAAAUAUAUGAGAAGUAUCAACAAAAACUACGUUUUCAUUGGCCUGACGGAUGAGAUGAAGGAGGGACACUGGGAGUGGAUUGAUGGAACAAAACUUAACAUGUCAAUGUGGUCGAACACAUUGCUUAAUAACUAUGAUGCCAAUUACCCUGCCGAACCAGGAAAUGCAGAUUGCGUAAUACUCGGUUUAUCGUCCCAUUUUGACAUACACUGUAGAGCCCGACAUCCGGAAUGGGUUAUAUGCGAGAGACCACAGCUCGUGUAAGUCACGAUACCGCGCGGCAAUAGUUCGAAACACAAGGAUUUGUUUGACAGAUUUCUGUUGACCUGAGUACGUGAUAGGCAUUUGAAAAAUCUUUGAUCAUAUCCUUUAAUGUUUUGUCUUUGUGUUUCAAUGUUUGACGGCCUAUUGGUAAUGCAAGUCAUCUAAGGCAUAACAACCUCGUAAAAUUAGACCUUCACAAAAAUUAAUACUUCAUAUAACAACUGUAUAGGUGAAAAGUUAAAAAAAUAGCAAACAAAGAUCAAUAGCAAACGAAUCAGUUGUGGAAAGUAUAUAUAACAUCGUAUCGUGUGGAUCAAGUGAGUGUGAGUAGUCAAAUGUUAAUGGCACUGAAGCUGUAUCAAACAAUCUUUCAUAGUCGUUACAUUAUACAAUGUGUCACGCAUUUAUGUUAAAAUCGGAACAUUCAGUCAUAAAAUGCUUGAUUGUACAUGGUUCAUCUUAAUCGUGACAAUACCUUUGAACUUCCUUUUGUAAAAAUGUAAGAUCUGCUAUGGACUGGACUGAUCUGUAAUGAAGUACACAAUAUAACGCUCAUUUAUGUAAUAUUAUUUCCUUUAUCUCAAUAUCUUCUAUUGACAGGUCAAAACAG